AUGUUUCCCUGGGCCCUCCGCCACCUCCCAGGACCCCACCAACAGAUAUUUAGGUACCAAGAGGCUGUGCGGGGCUUCAUCCGCUAUGAGAUCAUCAGGCACAAGCUCAAGAAACCGGGCCCCAAGGACUUCAUCAGCUGUUACCUGGCCCGGAUCACUAAGGCUAUGGACGACCCUGUCUCCACAUUCAACGAGGAGAACCUGAUCCAGGUGGUGAUCGACCUGUUUCUGGGAGGCACCGACACCACAGCCACCACCCUGCGCUGGGCCCUCAUCUACAUGGUCCAUCACGGAGCCAUCCAAGAGAGGGUGCAACAGGAACUGGAUACAGUGCUGGGCACUGCCCAGGCCGUCUGCUACGAGGAUCGCGAGCGGCUGCCCUAUGCCCGCGCCGUGCUGCACGAGGUGCAGCGCCUUAGCAGCGUUGUGGCUGUGGGUGCCGUGCGCCAGUGCGUGACUUCCACCUGCGUGCGUGGUUACUACAUACCCAAGGGCACCGUCAUCUUGCCCAAUCUGGCCUCUGUGUUGUAUGACCCUGAGUGCUGGGAGACCCCUAGACAGUUCAACCCUGGUCACUUCCUGGACAAGGAUGGAAACUUUGUGGUCAACGAAGCCUUCCUGCCUUUCUCUGCAGGGCAUCGGGUGUGCCCUGGGGACCAGCUGGCUCGAAUGGAGCUCUUCCUGAUGUUUACCACCCUCCUGAGGACGUUUCGGUUCCAACUGCCAGAGGGGAGCCCUGGACUCAGGCUGGACUACAUCUUUGGGGGCACUCUGCAGCCUCAGUCACAGGAGAUCUGUGCAGUGCCCCGCCUGCGCAGCCCCAGCCCAGGCCCUAAGGAGGGGGACCUGUAG